CACACGGUCGCCGGCCGCCAGCCCGCCGCCCGCCAACGGCUCGGGUUUCAAGUCAGUCUUGACUUCCCCAGGCCACCAUGCCAAAUGAGAGUGAUCACAAGGACAGGAAAGUGCCCAGUGAGAACAAGGGUCCCGCUGACUUUGCUGUCCGAACCCGCAAGAGAAAAGCUGACAUUGUAAUAUUCCUACGUGAUCCAGAUGAAGACGUUGCCAAAAUAGAAAUGACCAAGAAGAAGCAGAAUGAAAGCCAGCCAAUUUCAGAUUAUGAUGCAUGUACACAUCCCCAUAUGCUGAUCCCCACACCAGACAAAGAGGACGAGCUGGGCAGUCCAGGCGUUGCUCCUUUUGUCCGCCAAAGCCGUACUUCAGCUAGAGAUUCACCAUUGCCUGUUUUGGGCUGGGCAAAUAGAGAUGAAGUCUGGAAAAACAUGCUCAACAAAGAGCAGACGUAUGUGAGAGAUAAACAAUAUAUGCAAAGGCACCCACUCUUGCAACCGAAAAUGCGGGUAAUUCUCCUAGACUGGCUAAUGGAGGUGUGUGAAGUCUACAAGCUUCACAGAGAGACAUUUUAUUUGGCACAAGAUUUCUUUGAUCGGUUCAUGGCAACACAACAGAACAUUAUAAAGACACUUCUGCAACUUAUUGGGAUUUCAUCUUUAUUCAUUGCUGCAAAGCUUGAGGAAAUCUACCCUCCAAAGUUGCAUCAGUUUGCAUAUGUUACAGAUGGAGCUUGUACAGAAGAAGAAAUUCUUAGUAUGGAGCUCAUCAUUAUGAAGGCACUCAACUGGAAUUUGAGUCCCCUCACAGUUGUGUCCUGGCUAAAUAUAUACAUGCAAGUUGCAUAUUUAAAUGAGAUUUAUGAGAUGCUGCUGCCGCAAUAUCCCCAACAGAUAUUUGUGCAAAUAGCUGAGCUCUUGGAUCUCUGUGUGCUGGAUGUCGGCUGUUUGGAAUAUACUUACGGCGUUCUCGCUGCUUCUGCUUUAUAUCACUUCUCUUCUUGCGAGCUGAUGCACAGAGUUUCAGGUUACGAACUGUGUGAUAUAGAAGAGUGUGUGAAAUGGAUGGUCCCCUUUGCCAUGUCUAUCAAGGAAGUGGGGAGCUCAACACUCAAACACUUUAAAGGAAUUCCUUCGGAGGAUUUGCACAAUAUACAGACGCACAUAAACACUUUCGAUUUGCUGGACAAAGCUCAAGCAAAACAGGCCAUGCUGGCUGAGAGGGACAGACGUUCUCCUUUGCCCACAGGUGUCCUUACCCCACCCCAGAGUGGUAAGAAAUCAUCUCAGACAUUCAAACAGCUAUAACUCUGCGAGCUGCCCAACUGGGAGACCUCUUGGCUUGAAGUGCCUUUCUGGGACUGUUGAUUCUCCUCUGUGUGAUGCUGCCAGUGACUGACUGAAAAGUCUUAAAUUCUGCCACGGAAAGUCAUUCCGCUUUUUGAUGGAAGAAACCCACCGUAUGAAAACUAUUGCUAUUGUACACUUGUUUUUAAAUGAGCUGAUAAGUACACCAGCCACCCCAAACAACAGGCAUUUGCUUGGAUUGCUGCUAAGGAGGGUGAUACUUGACGCUCAGACUCGGAGAGGGUGUAGGGAGGAAAGAGGUGGUGCUGUUCCGGGGGACGAGGCGUGCUCUAGUUUGAGCGAGCUGUGGAAGGCAAGCCGCCUCUCAGUUUACAACUUGACUAUUUUUUUAAAAAACCCAUCACGUUGUAUAAAUGCUCUUAUGUGUCCCAUUUUUAAUAAAAUGCUGUCAUCUGUG